AUGGGCCGCAGACCAGGCAAGCUGGUCAUGGUGGGUUCAGGUAUCAAGAGCAUUUCCCACAUGACUCUCGAGACGGUCAGCUACAUCGAACAAGCCGACAAGGUGUUCUACUGUGUCGCCGACCCGGCCACCGAGCUCUUCAUCAAGUCCAAGGCCAAGUGGAGCUUCGACCUGUACACGCUCUACGACAACGACAAGAACCGCUACAUAACCUACGUGCAGAUGGCCGAGCUGUGCCUCCAAGCCGCCCGGGACGGCUUCUUCUCGGUCGGCGUAUUCUACGGCCACCCGGGCGUGUUCGUUAGCCCUUCGCACCGCGCCAUCGGCAUCGCCCAGCGCGAGGGCAUCGAGGCCUACAUGCUCCCGGGCAUCUCGGCCGAGGACUGCCUCUUUGCCGAUCUCGGCAUCGACCCCAGCUUCACCGGAUGCCAGACCUACGAGGCCACAGAUCUGCUUCUUCGCGACCGCCCCAUCAAUCCCUACAGCCAUCUCAUUGUCUGGCAGGUCGGCGUCGUGGGUGACACGGGUUUCAACUUCGGCGGCUUCACGCAGACCAAGUUUCAGGUUCUCGUCGACCGUCUCGAGGAAGUCUACGGUCCCCAUCAUGAGCUCAUCCACUAUUUUGCCUCAACGCUCAGCCAGAGUCGGGCCCACAUCGAACCGUUGCGCAUUGGUGAUCUACGCAACCCCGAGGUCGAGAAGCGCAUGAACGGCAUCUCCACCUUUUACGUGCCCCAGGUUGGGAAGGCUCCGUAUAACCCGGAUAUGGCGGCGAGAUUGGGGUUGAAGGUGGAUUCGAAGACGCCAGAUCGGUCUUUCGGACACCUGAUCGGACCCGAUGUCUCGUACAACGCCGUGGAGACUCGUGCGGUCCAGGCCCUGAAGACACACAAGCCCUCACCGAGCUACAAGAAGAACAGGCUGCCAACGUCUACGCUCCCGCCGCUCACGGCGCUGGCGACAAGCCCCAAGGCGGUCGCUCAUUUCAGGCGGAACCCGACGCAGUUCUUGGACGCAUAUCCGGACGUGGCCCCGCACGUCAAGAAAGUGCUCAAGACGGGCUCCCCUGGGCUUCUCCGCCUUCUCUCUCUGAACUCGUCGGCUGAUGUGGCGACCAGUUCGUCCAGGCCGAGCUCCGCGACUCGACGUUGGCGUCAAAGUACGCGGCCGUGCUGA